GGUGUCAGACUCACAGUCAGAGCCUUGAACUUUGCUCAGACUUUAUCAGCUGGGACUCAGCCGGCAACUGUGCUCCCUGGCCAAUAUGGCGUUCCGCUAUACCCAAUGAAGCCAGCUUCUUUUUUAGCAUUCUCCAUUAAAUAUUGACCAAUCAUAUGCCUUAAGGCCAGAGGGCACCAAGUCUAAGAGAUUUCUGCAUAGUUUUGUGUGGAUGUGUACAGCAUCCUAUCAUGAUAUAGAAAUUGAUUCUACGCGUGGACUUCCACAUUUCAUCAAGUUUUAGGACCAAUCCAACCACUACAGUAAAAGAACGCGUUAUCUUCCCUUUCGCUAUGCCGACUGCGUCCUCCCUCUCGAGCGAGUUAUCCUCUAUACCGCCAGAUGAGAUGCAUUUAUCAUCAUCGCCGUCUGCCUCGUCCACAUCCUCAGAUUCGACUCCCCGACCAAAACGUCCUUCCCCAAGACGAUCCCCUACCAGAUAUCGGCAGAUUCGGCGUGUUGCAGGGAAAAAACGGCUUCAACCAUUUGACAAAUUACGCGAAACAUUGUACCUGUGGCGAAAGCAGCGGUUCACAUUUAAAGAAUUUCUCCGCGCCUGGUUACUAUCGGAUGAGCACCAUGGUUCCUUGGGGAGGGCUACAAGGGUUGGAUUAUUCCGUGAACUCUUAGAAGAGGAGGAAAUCCGUGAGGUUCUUGGGCAUCACCCCUCAAGCCGCCGUAAUUGGCAACCUCUCCUCAAAGAACUUGAUGGCUUGACCGAAUACAAAUACUUUGACACUUUCGAUCCUGAUACCGCCCACGAAUGGGAUAUCGACCUUGAAGAUGUCCGAAAAGUUAUCAAGACUAGGGCACCAGAAUGGUACAGCUGCUUGGAUCUAGUUCUUCGAAACUGUCGCAGUCAAGAACCAGAUCAAAGGGAGACUCUUUCAAAGGGGACGAUUGGGCAAAUGUACACGAUGACUGCAGUAGCAUGCCGGAGUCGUAAGCGGAACACAUCAAGUGUAUACGCUAAGAAGCUGGGAUUAUAUAUGAUCUCUAGUGGGACAAAGCGGCGGGUUGUGGAUACAGUUGCUGGUCUCGGGCUUACUGACACUUACCAAAGUAUCAAUGAGGAUAUUUCAGAUAUGGCGCUCAAGGCGAAGGCAGGUUGAUUAUACCUUAGGUUAGAUAUUUUCUUCCUACUUCGCUAUUAGAAUCGUCCCCCAAUGCUAGCCAAAAUGCCAAAGGCAGUUCUUGUUUAUAAUAACUUCAACUUCAAAGAUACAUAUUGUGCAUGAACAGAC